GUCAGCGUCAGCGCGGCCUUCGCAGCUUCACGUCGGGUCGGAUACGCUUUGCAACAUACCAACCCCGCAUACUACGCCAGAGUCCAGCCAGCGACGACAGCCUCCACACAACAAAACGAUUCGAGACUCCAUCAGUGGCGGACGCGUUUGUGGAAGUCAGUGCAAAUUUAUUCGCAUAGUUGCAAAAGUGUCAUCAACUUGUAGCAGUGUGGUGCGGAAAAGUGUAAACAUCGCGAUAGAAGUCGAUUUCCAUCCGGAAAAGGUCCAAUUAGAACACGAUAAGCGAAUUUUCCAUCGAAUGUGAAAUUUUGUACACACACGCAUACGGACGCAGCAGAAGAGAGAGACAAGGUUCAAGAUUUUCACCUGAGUGCUUGCUAGUGUCGGUGAGACGGGAGAAGGUAGUGACGGUGUGUGCGUUUUAACGACUGCGAAAAAUAGAAGGACGCUUCUGAUUGGUUGACCGUUUGACAGGCGCUGGAGAAGAUUUUUACAACUUUGUUCAAAGUGCCAUAAUUUUCGGUGCAAAGUGCAAUAAUUUGCGGAAAAUUGCUUAAAGUGACGAAGUUUUACGAAUUUUUAAGCAUAAAGUGCGUUUUAGGGUAGUGGAUUUACAAGUAGAAAAAGUGACCGAGCGCAGCUCUGUUGGACAAGAUGGCGACGGCUACGAGAGCCAAUCAGCGUCGAGCUUCUGUCGCUCGGGUACAGGAUGAUGAUUUUUCAUACGUUUUCGCGUCAUCGUUCAGCAGCAGCAGCAAAAUUUAGUGCGUCCUCGUCGCAGAAGGAAGAACAAAACCCAAGAUCAGCAAGUGAGGAAGAGUGUGUGCAAGAUUUUGGGCUCGCGCGGAAAAAAUCGAACCAAAUUGGAGUCCGAGAAUAUCUCCCUGACAUGUGUCAGGUGAAAAUUGGUGAAAUUGGUUAAAGUGCUGGUGGAAAUCGCUGGAAGUGUCCCGAACGAAAAUUCGAUUCUACCAAGUAAACUAGAAAGUACCAAAGAGCACACUAAGCGACUCCAUUUUGGAAGUAACGUUACCAGAAACGUUAGUAUUGAGCUGGUUCAAAUACCAGACCCAACCUCUAUAAGACAACAGUUCAUCACGGCUUCCAAAUGAGCAGCCGGAAGUCUGCGGCGGCAGCCGCCGCAGCCGGGCAGGGCUCCUCUGGUGGUAAGAGGCGCGGUCGCCCACCAAAGUCACAGUCAGCCGCCAUGGAGCGGCCGAAGAGCAACUUCCAGUACCAUCUACUGAAGAAACCGAAAUAUCUCUGCAAAGACGGUGGCAACGGGGAUUCACGUUUCAGCACCCCGUCGGCAUCUCGUGCGUCGUCACCGCAGGGCAGCGAGGAGAGCCGCCCUUCCACAUCAAGACGAUCGGCUCCGGCCAAGGCACCACGCUCGGCAAAGGCCACAAAGGGACGACGAUCUGCGAGUGGACGAGGGCGAGGUGGAAACAGUCGAAAAAGUUACACCUACCACGAGUCGGAGUAUCAUUACGGCUCGGACUUUGGCGACGACAGUGACAAAAGCGACGCCUAUGAUGAUUCCAUGCGCUCGGCCAGUGAUUCCGAAGACAGCCUUGCGAAUGAAUCCGAGUCCGAUUUUUCCAUUCAAAGUUUCAGUGUGUCGACGGGAGUUGUCUGCACAAAGGAGCCAUCUCCGGAUCCGGUGUGGCUUCAGGAACGCAAUUAUCCGCCAUUGGAGUUGCCGGCCUCGUCGGAGGAUUUGCUAGUUCCAAACAGUAUUGUUCUGAAGUGUACCUCGAUCUACGAAAUCAUCAGACGGUUCAGAAAUUUGGUACGACUUUCGCCAUUCCGGUUAGAGGACUUUGCGGCAGCGAUCAUGUGCGAAGAUCAAAGCCCACUGAUGACGGAGAUACACGUUAUGCUUCUGAAGGCUAUUCUCCGGGAGGAAGAUUCCCAACAGACUCACUUUGCACCUUUGGAUCAGAAAGACAGUGUCAAUAUAGCGCUUUAUUUGAUAGACAAUAUUACGUGGCCAGAGGUGUUGCGGAGUUACAUUGAAAGUGACCCUAAUUUAGAUCAAAAAGUUUUGGAGAUACUCACAGUCAACGAGUAUCCAUUUGUAUCAGCAGAAAAGCGUUUGACAGUGUUGCAAUUUUUGACGGAUCAAUUCUUGGUUACCACCACAGUUCGAGACGACAUGUUGCAAGAGGGUCCAAUCCAUUACGACGAUCAUUGUCGUAUCUGUCACCGGUUGGGAGAUUUGCUGUGCUGUGAAACUUGUCCCGCUGUUUUUCAUCUGGAGUGCGUUGAUCCGCCGUUGGUGGAUGUUCCGAGCGAGGAUUGGCAGUGUAAUCUGUGCAAGCUUCACAAGGUAUCUGGAGUUAUGGACUGUAUUACGGCACAAGAGAAACAAGGAAUGCUUUGCAGGCAGGAAAUGAUUGGAUAUGAUCGACAUGGCCGGAAAUAUUGGUUCAUCGGCAGGAGAAUUUUUAUAGAGACCGAAGAUUCUUCCGAGGUGUGGUAUUUCAGUACGGUCAAGCAGUUCGAAUAUUUGCUCUCAAAGUUGGAUCCUAAUGAUUUGGAAAUGCAUCUCUGCAAGGAGUUGGAUGAAAGGAAAGAUGAAAUAAUAAAACAUAUGACUCUCACCGAGACAAUAACCAAUCAGCAAAAGGGCAAUAAAAAGUCCUACAUUGAAUUGGAC